AUGGCCAACGAAUACGCCAUGUUUGUCUACGAUGAGGAAGUCCGCUUCUUAUACAGCGGAAGAGUCAUUCAUGCAUACUGUCGAUCUUCGACGGACUCCAUGUGGUGUGAAUACCCAAUUCACAACCGUCGCGGAACGCUCAACCUGGUUUUAUCUGUUCCCAUAAGUCAUCUAUCAUUCAAGCUGCUCGGGCCAGUACCUGUAGAUCUCCAUGUUCCCAACAGCACGGAUCUCGUUUCAAGUUGCCUGCGCUCAGGCUGCACAGGCCGUUACGUACAACCUCAACAUACUUUGGCGCACAUCAGCGGCCCUUUACGGUUACAUCCGCAUACCCCAAAAUUGAUCAACAUUGCAGCGGCUGGGGGUACGGGCGCAAGCUCACCGCCAUCGGGCAAUUGA